AUGUUCGAGCUCUGCCACGCCGAGGUCUACAGCGACCUCCCCUUCCAGUACGGCCCGGGCUGCGAUAUCAGCCUCCCCCAGCACUCUGCUGGUCGUCAGGUGGAGAUCUACCUCCAGAUGAAGUACUCGGACCUAAAGCCCGCUGACCUUACAGCUUGCCUUCUCAAAGAGCAACAUGGACCAGAAUCGUGGCCUUGGCCCUUCUCUCCGACUUCACCAAAGGCCAACCCGGCCUGCUUCGUCGUCAUCUCGCCGUACAAGUCCAACGUCGAGCUGAUCAACCGCCUGUGCAAGAACCCCGAGUACGCAGCUCUAGCUGGGAUGGCCGUUGCCGUCACAGUCGAUUCGUUCCAGGGACAAGGGGGCGAUAACGCUGUUGUCGUCAUGGGGACCACUGGGAAAUCUGGCCCCGGCUUUACAGCCGACGAGCAGCGGCUGAACGUCAUGUUCAGCCGUCAGAAGAAUGGGCUACUGGUUGUUGGUGAUAUUGACGCCGCCGGGCCUCUGGGCAAGGAUAAGAAGGAGACAUUCGACGCCAACGGAGAAGCCAUAUCUCCUAAUAAUGAGCAAGCGUUUAGAGCUACUUUUACUUAUUCUUUUCUUACUUUUAUCAUAUCCUUAACGCUAGCCUUAGGAAAGGAUACGGUGAAAGGUUCUAGAGAGGUCAGGCAGAACGCAAAGAAGCUGGAGAUCAAGUCACAAAGCGAUGUGGUAACUGCAGCGGCCAACGAGUGUCUACAAGGACAGACCCAGCCCCUCGACAGCCUAGUCAACAGGAUUGCCGAUGUGCCCGACCAAGACUUCGAUCCUGUCCGACAUAUUGACCUCGGCAGUGCUACGGUGACUAUUGACAACCACGGGAUGGCCCGUCUACCGUCUGCGCACCCAGCUGCGCAUGGCCAGAGGAAUGUUCGAGCUCUGCCAGGUCGGGAAAUACAAAGUGACGGAUUGGCGCAGGCGAUGUCCACGACAUGA